CUCAAUGUUCUUUAUACAAUAAUUAAUACAAUUAUAAUUACUUCAGUUUCAAAACGUGACUCCCUUUACCUAAAUUUCGUAUUACCGAUAAAAUAAAUAUUGUAAAUAAUUAUAAUUUUCAUAGGUUUAAAAAGAAAAUCAGUGCAUGCUUGUUUAAUAUUACAAAGUUUGAAAAAAUUGAAAAAUAUAAUGAUAUCUUAUAUUAAUUAUGUAAUGUACCAAUUAAUCGAGAUGGAAAAAACUGUUAAAAGCACAGGUACAAAUGUUCAGAGGUAGCUAAAGAGGGGGAGUCAAUAUAAAGCAGCUCCAUUCUUCUGGAGGAACAAUAUUAAAGAAGUCAAUGCACUAUCAAGACUGUGCAAAAUCUAGUCAGAUAAAUAAACGAAUUUAAUAUUUAUUUUUAUCGUACGAGAAGAAGUAAAAUAAUUAUCAGCGAUUUAAAAUGUGCGACGACGACGUAGCAGCCUUAGUAGUUGACAAUGGAUCGGGAAUGUGCAAGGCAGGAUUUGCAGGAGACGAUGCCCCACGUGCUGUGUUUCCUUCAAUCGUUGGGAGACCUAGAUACCAGGGAAUCAUGGUCGGGAUGGGACAAAAAGAUAGUUACGUAGGAGAUGAAGCGCAAAGUAAAAGGGGUGUUUUAACGGUUAAAUAUCCUAUUGAACAUGGGAUCGUAACGAAUUGGGACGACAUGGAAAAGAUCUGGCACCAUACUUUCUAUAACGAGCUGAGAAUCGCGCCGGAAGAACAUCCGGUCCUUUUAACCGAGGCUCCUCUGAAUCCUAAAGCUAACAGGGAAAAGAUGACACAAAUAAUGUUUGAAACUUUUAAUUCUCCAGCGAUGUAUGUUGCUAUACAAGCUGUUUUAUCGCUUUACGCUUCGGGACGCACUACAGGCAUUGUAUUAGAUAGCGGCGACGGAGUUUCGCACACGGUGCCGAUUUAUGAGGGAUAUGCCUUGCCACACGCAAUCCUGCGUAUGGACUUGGCCGGUCGCGAUUUAACCGACUACCUUAUGAAGAUCUUAACCGAAAGAGGGUAUUCCUUUACCACGACCGCCGAGCGUGAAAUCGUUCGAGAUAUUAAGGAAAAACUGUGCUACGUUGCUUUAGAUUUUCAACAGGAAAUGGCUACGGCUGCCGGUUCAAGUGCUCUCGAAAAGAGUUACGAAUUACCAGACGGUCAGGUAAUCACCAUCGGAAACGAACGCUUCCGGUGCCCGGAAGCGAUGUUCCAACCAAGUUUCCUAGGCAUGGAAUCAUGCGGGAUACACGAGACAACGUACAAUUCGAUCAUGAAAUGCGACGUUGAUAUUCGUAAGGAUUUGUAUGCGAACUCAGUUUUAUCAGGCGGUACGACCAUGUAUCCAGGUAUCGCGGAUAGGAUGCAAAAGGAAAUAACGGCACUGGCUCCGUCCACGAUGAAGAUCAAGAUAAUCGCGCCACCGGAAAGGAAAUACUCCGUUUGGAUCGGUGGCUCGAUCUUGGCUAGCUUGAGCACCUUCCAACAAAUGUGGAUUUCGAAGCAAGAAUACGAUGAAUCGGGACCGUCUAUUGUGCAUAGAAAGUGUUUCUAAGUUUCUUUGUAUUUUUUGUUUUUUUCGUUUUGUGUGGUUUUUUUUUUUUUCGGAUAAAAAAAGAAAUUUCACUACAUUCCGUUAAAAAAUUAUCAGUUAAUAUUA